AAGUGACGGCGGUGGCGGCGCGCAAGCUCUCCAGCCAGGAGUCAGACUGACAUACACGGGCAGUGGCAAGAAGUCUUUGCAGCAAAAGGAGCUAUUGGCGUGUUUCUUACGGGUGAAGGGGGAGAAGGGUGUCUGAACACCGAUGAAGGAGCUGCGAUGGAUAACAAAGACUCGGAAGCUGAGAUCCACCCUCUGAAGACUGAGGAUGUAAAAGCUCAAGAGAACCAUGAAAACUCCGUGGAGAGAAGGAUUAUCAGCAAGCAGCCAUCACAGCUGUCUCGGCUGUCCCGGUGGCGCACUGCCGCCUUCUUCAUCUCAUUAUUUCUGUGUCUGAUAAUUGUGUUUGCUUUUUCCUUUAUCAUUCCUUGCCCAGAGAGGCCAGUUUCAGAAAGAACAUGGUUCCGAAACUAUGACAAUGCAGUGGCCUACCAGUUUCUCGCUAUAGAAGACGUGGACGAAGACAAAGUGCAAGAUGUCAUCUUUGCUUUCAAAGCCAGCAACAGCAGCAGCAGCUUCAACAGAUCCUGUUUGGAUGAAGGUCUGCCUUCUCCCUGUGCCUUCAUCGCCGCCGUGUCUGGCACGAAUGGCCGAGCACUCUGGGAGCGUCCUGCUGCCGAGGAGGUGGAGUGGCUGCAGUGCGGCAUCCAGCAGCUCGGGGGGAGCAAGGCCCCGGGUUGCCUGGUCGUGGGGAAGCCAGUGUCUCUUACGGCAGUCGAGCUGCGGACAGGGGAGAUUCAGUGGAGACAGCCCAGUGACUUCGGAGCGAAUUACACUGUUCUGAGUCCCGUCUCAGUGAUCCCAGAUGUGGAUAGUGAUGGAGUUCAGGACCUGAUAAUCUUUAUUGCUACAGAAGAUAAGAUUAAGAGCUUCAUCCAUUCAGGAAAAAGUGGCAAACAGAUUGGCUCUGCUGGGAGCCUGGACGUGGCUGGGAAAGCUCGCUACAUCAGGCUGAACCUGGACCCCUCUUCCUACUUCCUUUUCUAUACAGAAAACUCUCUCUCUGCCUAUUCCCUGAAAGAUCUCUACACUGCAGCAACUGGGAUGGAAAUUAACCUUCCUGGCCUUGAGCAAGAUCCUCAGUGGGAGAAGAACAUUGACCGCAGCACGCACCGCUUACCCCUCCUCAGCUUCAGAGACAUUCGUUACCUGGCAAAAAUUCCUGGACGGUCACGGGAGAACAUCUUGGUUGUAAACUCAGAGAUGGCAACGCUGAUCAACGCACAAAAUCUUCAGACUUUGUGGACCCUCAACGUGUCCCGUGUUGUGAGUGAGCCGCUGCUCGGUUACUACAAACCCGAUGUUCUUGCUAUUGUCCUGGAGAGUGAAAUCGGACCCAACAGGAAAAAGGUUAUGAUUGUUGAGAGUGGAUCUGGAGCAGUCCAGUGGGACCUGAAGCUGAACUCUAGAGCUGAGAGCCCUGGGCCAGCCACACUUUAUACUGCUGAUCACCGCUCCACCUUCCUCAUCUGGGGUGACUACCAGGUGCCAGGAAAUGAAACGAGAUCCAGAGCUCCUCUCCAGAAGUUGUAUCUUUUCCACCCUUCCUACACUAAUGUCCUGUUGGAGCUCCGCAAUAGCACAGACCAAAUAAUUGCAUUCAAUGCUGCGCUGUUCGAGCGGAGCCGUCACGCCUGCUACGUGCUGCUGAGGGGGCCCCAGCCCAGCGAGGAGCCGGGGUCGGUGUCUCUGAUGAAGCGUAAGCUGAAGGAGGACGUCUCUGAUAGCAGGGUGAUCUGGCUGAGCCAGGUGGCUGUGGACAGUGAGCAGUAUGUCCGGGACCGCCUCUACAGGAUGCGAUUCCACAGCCGAGCGUGAGCUCGCCGAGGUAGAGGGAGAGGCUGCCCCGGCCCAGGCAUCUCCAGGCUGCCUCUCCUCUGCCACUGUGCUCUUGGCAAACCCAGAUCACGGAUUCAAACGGGAAGCUGCCUUUCUCGAUCCACAGACCAAAGUGUUGCUGGUGGGGAAGCACUCCCAGAUGCCUGGGCUGUGGGGGCAGCUGCUGGUGAGUCUGUCCACAGAGCUGAUGGGACUUCAGUGCUUGGCCACCACUGAAGUGUCAUCAGCUCAGGGAGGAGGGCUUUCCCCUCGAUCCUCCUUUGUCUGCAGAACGGUGCUGACUCAGCUCGUGUCUGGAGGAAAACACACGCUUGCUGGGGAUGCUGGCACUGGUUAUUUCUUGGGUGCUUGCCUGAGAAGUGGAGCUUCGACGUGUGGUGUUAGAUUUCCUUUGAGUCAGCUCUCCUGGCUGUGGGAGAGGUGCUUGGCUGUGCAUUGAUUUGCAAUCACCCUCUUCUGGAUUUAGGCCUCUGCUUCAGUAGGCAUGGGGUGUGCAUAGAGAUGGACCCUCGCCACAGCCGAUGGUGUGGCUGAGCGUCACUUGGGCCAGCAGAGCACAGGUUCAAGUGUCAUUCUACUUUAAAAAUGGCAUUUUUUUCCAAAGUACAGCCCGUUGUACCCCACUCAGCAGUCACAAGCCCACCUUUGUCUGUCUCUCCUGCUUCGUUUGCAGCCAGGCUGUGCAGCCUCGGUGACACAGAAAUGGAGCUGGUCUCCCUCCUGCUUUGAGCAUCAAUGUUCCUCCCUGGCCCCAGUCUGAUUACAGGUGAUAUGAAAACCACCCUGAGCCCAGGCAGGCUGGUCCCUGCUGGUAUGGUCAUCGCCUCUCCUGCUGGUUUUGAGGUGCCAGAGGAUCUAGGAUAUUUUUUCAGAGUAGAAUUGCACUUUAACCUUGCCUGGGAGCUGGGCUUGCCACUCUGGGGAGCACUGUACCUGAGUGGCAAUGCCAGCUGCCUUGCAAAUGCUCAUUCAGCUCUUGAGUUUUGCAGUGCUGGAGGCGGCUUGACCAGUGCCUCCCUCCCUUGGCUAGUCUCAGCUCGGGAUAUGUGCAGAAAUACUGUAGGAUGAGAAACUUAUGCAGGGUUGUGUAUGGUUGGACACUGGUUCUUCUCUUGUGACAACAGCUCAGUGCCCUGCCUGGGCUCUUACCUCCUGCUCCCGGCUGGCCCGGUCCUUGCCUCAGGGGUGCCCUGGCUCCCCCUGCCCUGUGGCCCAGAGCUGGGGCGGUCGCUAUGCAGGACGAGAGCUGCUGGCCUGGGCAGAGCUGCGCUGCUGGCAGAGCCCAGUCCUGGGGCCUCUGGGCAGAGCACGAGGCAGGGAUGCUCCCAGGAGAGCACCCCACGACCUCCAAAGCAGCCUGGACUCAAAACAGUGGGUUCUCCCCCCGUUCCUCUCUCUCCAAGCUGUUUUCUGGGGCUGCAGGGAGGCUCCCCGGUGUGUCCCCCAGCUUGGGUUGCCUCUUUGCUUCGCACGAUGAAGACCUGAAGCCAGGCAGCCCCGCAAGCCCCUGUGCCAGCGUUGCAGGGGUCCCGGGCAGGUUGUACCCCACUGAAAUGCCCUGGCAGGGGGCAAGGUGCCCAGGCCAUGUUCUCAGUGCAGUCCCAGCGUCUCGGCUCUCUCCCUCCUCCCAUCACUACCCAGUCCUGACCUUUCCCAUAGGCACACUGAGCGUUCCUUCAAUAUUUUUGGCUUUGGGGUCUUAUCUGGCUUUAAGUUGUGCAUUAAUGUUUCCAGACACUUUGAAAAUGCAGAUUUCCCUGUGGCAGCUCAAUGAAAUGCAUCAGUGCCAAAUCAGCACCUUCUUAACAAAACAAGUCCUUUUUCCAGCUUAUUUUCCUGUGUAAUUGUUUUUUUGCAGUAUUUAAUAAUUGACUUUGUGCCUUGACUCGGUAACUCAGAUGGGUGAUGAUGGCAUAUAUCACUGUGUUAUGUAUUAGUGUGUUUUUUAACACUAAGACAGUUUGGUUUGAUUCUUUUAACUUACUGCAAAUUGUGCCCUGUAGGACUUGGUCUAAACCGGAAUGGUUUCAAUAAAUCCUCUUUUGCAUUGUUUGUAAA